AUGCAGUUUUUCAAGAAAUCAUGGUACCUUCUGUUCAUGCUCCUUGCGCUCGGAGUUAAGAGCACCCUUGGAGCGUUUGGUGUGGCUCCUCCAAUUGGAGCCAAGUACGAGAAAAGCGUUGGAAUUCCUGUCCUCGGGAAACAAGUCUUCUCCCUGCAAAUCCUCAGUGACAGCACGGCUCAUCUUGUGGUUCGAGGGAUGUUGAUUCUUGAUGAAAUUGUCCCCUACAAAGUGACCUCAAGGGGCCGCCUGAAUUGUAGCCUGAGUGACAAAGCUCUGCAGUGUCUGCGAAAGGUACGGGCAUCACUUCAAGAAGUUGGAUAUGAUAGUGUCACAGAUACCCCCUAUGUCAAGGUCAGGACACCACUCCCUGCUGCUGUAAAGAUUCAUCUGAAGCGACAAAAUGCUGCGGAAGUCUCCGAUGAAGAAAAAAUUCUUAACAUCAAAGAGGAAGCCUUCUCCUCUUGCUAG